CAACGGGCCCGCUCGGGGGAACGGGGCGCGCCUCGCCUUGCAAAAGGACUCGCGGAUUAAUUAAGGACUUCUUUUUCAUUCACAUUGCCGUGCCUGUGUUUGCAGAAUAACACCAAAGAUGCCUUUCUACCUCCGGAAGCAGCCCCUGGAGAUCCCUCCGCCCACGGAAAAGGAGUGGAUUAAAAAAGACGAAGAAGAACCUCUCUAUCUGAAAGAUCCAGACCAAAUAAUCGAUUAUUUGCCUCAGCCUUUCCGGAUGAUUAGCAAACUGGUGACCGUCUUGUUCGAGCAGGCCUGGGAAAUUAUCGAGGAGAGGGAGCAGCGGCAAGUGACGAAGAAGCAGCAUCCUCCACCUGUACGGUUCCAGCCUUCGGCUGAGUUCCAGGUGGUGGGAAGAGCAAACUGCCUGGCAGCCACCCGAGAAUACAUCUUCAUUGGGCUCUCUACAGGACUUUCUGUCUUCGGCCUAGCCACUGGUGAGAAGCUCUGUGCUUGGGAGACAGCCAAACUUGAGAUUUGCACCCUCCGUGCCUCAGAUCUGGGUAAUAACUCCCAUGUCCUUGGCACAGUGGAUGAGAUGGGUUUUGCUCGGCUCUUUUAUUUUUCCAAGGACAACCUCCUGCAUGUAAAAGCCAUAAAUGAAGUGGAAGAUCUCAGCAAGCGAAACGCAUGCGUUGACCUGGAGCUGUCUCACGGGGGUGAUUAUGCGGGUUUCCUACUGCAAGGCAGCUCAGAGACUUGGCUGGAGAUCUACCGGUUGCCCAAGGACUCCUGGCAGAAGGAGACAGAACAUGUCCAAACAGUUCUGAAUUCGACUCCAGCAUUUUUCAAGGACAGGAGACUCAGCCCAGCAAACAUACAAAAGAAUGUGGAUUUCCGGAGCAUGGAUACCUUGGGAGAAAGUGCAGAAGAACAGCUUCUAACCCGAGAUUGUAAGAUGAGUCCCCCUGCUCUGUUGAUGAAGGUCAGAUCUCCCAAGCCACUUGCAGGCAGUGCGUUUAAGAAUCCGUACGAAGCUUUAAUGAAGAGCGAUGACGGCACCGUGGUUGGCUUGGGACAGAACCACAUGAUAAGAGAUUGCCACUGGGAACGGCAGGAAGCAGUUUUUAACAGCGUGUUCCGACAGUAUCUAGUGUUAGAGAAUGAGCUUGAGAGCAAGGAGGAGAAACUCAGCCAGGCCAUGUUUCAUUUUCACGGUUCUGGCCGUACCUUGCCCGUUGGAAUGGAGAGCAAAACAGAGCCAGACACUCCUGUUGCACUCAGCGUUCACUGGAACACAAGCCACAAUCUCUGCUUCUACCUCCUCAGUCGUCCUCCAAAGGAGAAAGUGGACUCCGAUCUGAAACCUGACGUCGUUUGGCCGUGUGCUGCUCCAAUUGUGUUGUCGGCUGUCACCCCUUGCUCUUCUUAUCUGGCAUUUGCUUGUGAAGAUGGGGUCAUUACUGUUUGGGACAAGACUAUAGGGUUCCCCUUGUUGGUGACCAUGCUUCCAAACGGGUACGUUAUCCGCAGCAUCCGGUUCAUGCCACUGCCUGGCCAUAAGACGCUUUCUCCCCGCAAGGUCUCUCCUCGUGCCCAAGUGCAGCUUCUGGUGUUGUGUACGGAUGGGUCUGUCCACCUGAUUACCUCCGAGGGCAAGGAGUUCAGCACCAAGCUACUGGUAUACAAGCCGGAGGAUCCAAAUCAGACCACCAGCGCCGUAGCAACUGUUCCAUCCUUAACCAAUGCGGUGCUGACUUGCUCCUGGGACGGCACAGUCAGCCUGACAGACACCGAAACAGAAGCGACCGUAUGCCACUUCAUCACUCCAUCUCCCUGGAAAGUAGCAACUCCCUGGCAGCCCAUUUUUGCUGUGGAUACUGAUGGCCGAUACUUGAUCCUCCAAGGGGAUGAGCAAUCUGGAAACAUUAAAAUAGAGACCGGAAGCCACCGAAGCACCAUCUUUCUGUUCGACCUCAUGUCCUGCUCAUUCGUGAAGACUUCCUUGCAGGAAGAUGAGUGUUCACCUGACUCUUUAGAGCACCUGCCUUGGGACAAGCGAUGCGACCUUUUCCUAAAAAACAGUUUGCAGCGGCUGUCGGUGAUCAGCCAGCAGAUCCCCGAGUGUUGGAGCCAGCUGCAGAAGUACGCAGCCACCUUGGAAGGGGAAAGCCAGGAGAACUGAGAGAGCGGCAGCAGAAGCCAAGGCGGUGCUGAAGAUAUUUAACACUAACUGGAACAGCAGGGUCAAAGGACACACCCGUGAGGUCUGCUCUGUGCAUCAGAUGGAUAUUCAGCACGGGCCCCAUCCGAGGCAUCCAAGCUGGUGCUUCAUAAGUCCCGUCCCUGAGCAUUAACUUGGCUGCUCUGCCCUGUUUACCUUUGCAUCCUUUUAAAAAUAGCAUCUCCUUGCUUGUACGUGGUAAACAGCCAAACCCGAGAGAUGAGCACAUCCAAAUCAGAAAGAGACGGUCACUUCCCCAGGCCUUUGAGGUCUCAAAGGGCAAAGACCUGUUAAAAUGUAGUCAAUGUCAAAGAAGGACAACAGAGAAGCUGACUGGAAAUCCUGGAGACAUGAGCCAACCUGCUGAGGAAGUGCAGAGGAGAUGCUACAGAAAAUAGAUGACAUUUUUGCGUCAAGGCUUUCCUCUCUUUUUUCUUUCUGUUUCCUCCUGUGCUCCGUCCCUCUUCAGAUUGUGAGCUUGCUGAUGGGGGCUAUGAUUUUUGACACCUGGCACAAUUUUUAAAAACCUUUUAAAAUAAUAGAGGUCCCCACAAUAGCUUUAUUAAAAAAUGAGUUUCUUACACACUAACAACUUACAGAUGAGAAUGAAAGAAUAUGGUUCAUAUGGCUUCCUGUUUCAGGACUUUUGAAUGAUGGAGACGUCGGCAUAACUACUCAUCCACUGGUGGUGACUUUUAUUAUUUCCCAAAUCAUUGUGGACCACUCUCCGGCCCCAGUCAUGGUUUUGGAUUCUUAAGCCUCUUUUACAGUGUUUUUUUUUCUCAGGAGAUCUCCCUUCUACAGCGGAAGCGGGUGUCCUCAGUGAAUUGUUUGUGAGGACCAGCAACCUUGAAGAGGUUGCCGUUUUGCAGAUGAAAUGCUAAAAUCCCUUGCAGUCCACCAGAGAGCAGCCGAGAGCUGUAGACAAAGCCAGCAGCGCCCUCCAAAGCCUGCAGUCCUUUCUCCAAAACAUCUGGAGUCAGAAGCACAAUAAACCACCAGCAGUUUUCUCUUUUGUGUCGAACUGGAUGUGCUCCUGAUAAAGUACCCAAAGGCUUCCUAAGCCGUAGGACGCUGCUUUCUUUUGUGUUUUAAUGAGACCCCCGUAUGUUACGAUAUUCAUUUAUUUAAUUAAAAUACACAUUCAACCUGCCCUUUUAAAAAAAAAAUAUUCUGAGGUCAUUUACAACAUUACAUAAAUAAAUAAAGAAAUCAAAAUUAUACAUGUAGAUGAAAAAGCUAGCUGUACGGAUAAAAAUUUACCAGGAUGGCAGUGCGAUCACUAAAAGCAGCAGUGAAAUAAAAGUAGCAGCGCUCUGUGUUUAAAACCAGCAGUGCUGCUUCACUCAAUGUGAAAUCAAACGGUGGGAUUCACCGCCCAUGGAGGUGGCGAUGGCCACCAGCCGAAAUGGCUCGAAAGGGUGAAAAGAGGCCCGUCAGUGGCUACUAGCCGUGGUUAUGGAAGGGAACCUCCCAGAGGCAAUAUACCUCUGAAUAACUUGGCCUCUGUGCCUUGUUUAUCGGCCCUGCAGGGCAGCUAGUUGGCCACUGUGUGAGGCAGGAUGCAGGAUUAGAUGGACCGAUUGUCUGACCCAGCAGGGCACCUCUAAUUUUUCUAGUAAAUAGCGAAGAAACAGGCAGAGAAAAACAGUAGUACUCUAUUUAUUUGUUUAUUAAUUUUAUUUAUAUCCGACUUUACUCUUCUAUGGGGACCCAAAGUGGCUUACAUCGUUUUCCCCUCCUCCAUUUUAUCCUCACAACAAACCUGUGAGGUAGGUUAGGCUGAGUGUGCGUGAUCGGCCCAAAGUCACUCAGCAGACUUCCAUGGCAGAAUGGGGAUCCGAACCUGGAGUGUCUCGCGCUUUGCUGUUCUGGAAACCUCAGAACCUUCUCAACCUCACUACCCUCUGGAUCCAGCCCUGGACAUGUUAGAAAAUGAAGUAAGCAACCGCGUAGAAGACUGAAGAAGCAUACUGCCUUGAGCAGCAUGAGCAGUUUUGGGGUUCUCCAGAGUAGAUGGAGAAGUUAAUUUGGGGAUGCUCUAAGUUUGCCCCCUGUUAGCACAUUCUCUUUUGCUCAAGGCUUGCUCUCCUCUUAAUUUUCUAUAGUGGGAAGAUGAAUAUGAUUUAAAUCCUCUUCCUGACUAUAACAGCUCUCCUCCAUCCCGUCCACGCUGGAUGAUUACUUGUGUGAACGCCCUGCUCGCUAUUGAACAAUAUUGAGGCUAUAUUUAACACAAGGAAGGGUUAUUACAAUAUUAUCUUGUUCCGUAAUGGCUCGCUCUGAACCACAAUGCUAAGGUUUAAUUAAAAUUGCCAAUGUUUCCUCAGUGUGGGAUGCCCUUUUUUUUUUUUGCCAUUCUGGGCUGUAGCAGCAAACACAGAGGUGGGGCUUGGCUUUCAUUAUGGCUUAUUAAGGGGACAAGGAGAGACGGACCAGCCGCUUGGCACGGGGAGGGGAUUAAUGAUUUUGAAAUGACACAAACAAUACAGGAAAGGAAUGACCAUGUGCUGUUCUCUGAAUGGGGA